AUGGCCUUCUACAACCCCCUGAAUCACAACCGAAAUGCUAGAGACAAAGAUCGAAAUGAUUUCGAAAUCAAAAUGAAGGACGUCAGGACAAGAACCGCCAAGUUAGAGCAGAGAAUUACAGCACAGCUAGUGAAGAUCAAGGAUUGGGCGCUUAAGAGGAAGAACUUUCAAACGACGGCACCGGGAAAAUCGGACGAAAAUGGGAAGAACGUGGUUGGGAAGGAGGCAGUGGGAGGAGGUUUUUUGAUGGGAUUUCAAGGGUGGCGUUUUGGAAAGGGUAUAUCGUGA